AGCUGGGGCCCCCUGGAGGUCAGCGUUCAGCACCAGCUGCCUCAGGCCCGACCAGGUGGUGGGAUGGCAGGAAAGGGUGGGGGAUGGUGACAGCAGCAGAAGCGGAAUCUGGGGCUGAAUUGUGCCCAGAAACCUCAGGAUCCAUGGCUGUUCUGGGCUCCCUUUCCCUAGACACACAUUCUCUCUGGUGGACAGAGGGGAGCCGUGCGGGGCGGAGGAUCGGGAACAGAGGGCGAGGAAAGGUGGCGCAGCCCUCCCAGCACAGCCGACCUGACACAGCCCCGCUUUGGGGGACCGGUUUGGGUCCUCCUCACCUGGGCGGACCACCCCAUGACGGUACCCGAGCAGAGCGCGCCUGCCACCUCCCCCUUGAAAUGAGGACCGAUUGGGUGGUCCCUCAAGCUGAGACCCUGUGUGCAGGGCCGGUGACAUCGGAGAGGGGAAGAUGGCAGGGAAGGCCUGGGGGACAUGACCCCAAGAAGAGCGGGAACAGGACAGGAGGGAGGAGGCUCUAAAUUAUCCAUCAGUACAGACCGGCCAGUGGCCCGAUGCAUAAAUGUAUAGAGAAAAUAGGGGGGGCGGAGGGGGAGAGAGAGAAGGGACCAGGGUAUAAAAAGGGCCCACGAGGGACCAAUUCCAGGAUCCCAGCACCCAGCUCCCCAAAGCGCUCAAGGUCCUGUGGACAGCUCACCCGGCUGCGAUGGCUGUAGGUAAGUCCCCUCGGGCUGGGCGAGGCGGGGGCCCUGCCAAUGGAUGGGGGCGCUAAGCCUGGGCUCUGGGGCUGCUGCAGGGGAGCACAGAGGUCUGUGCCCGGACGUUUGGCCAAGCGUUACAUGUUCUCAGUCCUGGGGCGGGGGCAGGGGAAGGGCUGGGAAGAAACAGGCCUCUCUCCAUCUGGGCCCCAGCCUUGCCCUCUAUGUCCCUGUGUGUCCCUGUGUGUCCCUGUGUAGGCCCUCAGAACUCUGUGCUCCUGGCCUUCACCCUGCUCUGCCUGCCCUGGCCUCAGGAGGUGGGCGCCUUCCCGGCCAUGCCCUUGUCCAGCCUGUUUGCCAACGCCGUGCUUCGGGCCCAGCACCUGCACCAGCUGGCCGCCGACACCUACAAAGAGUUUGUAAGCCAGUGGGGCGGCCCUGGGCGGGUGUCCUUGUUGCAGGAGCGUGCGUACAUCCCCGAGGGCCAGAGGUAUUCCAUCCAGAAUGCGCAGGCCGCCUUCUGCUUCUCGGAGACCAUCCCGGCCCCCACGGGCAAGGACGAGGCCCAGCAGAGAUCCGACAUGGAGCUGCUCCGCUUCUCGCUGCUGCUCAUCCAGUCGUGGCUCGGGCCCGUGCAGUUCCUCAGCAGGGUCUUCACCAACAGCCUGGUGUUUGGCACCUCGGACCGAGUCUACGAGAAGCUGAAGGACCUGGAGGAAGGCAUCCAAGCGCUGAUGCGGGAGCUGGAAGACGGCAGCCCCCGGGCCGGGCAGAUCCUGAAGCAAACGUACGACAAGUUUGACACAAACCUGCGCAGUGACGACGCGCUGCUCAAGAACUACGGGCUGCUCUCCUGCUUCAAGAAGGACCUGCACAAGGCCGAGACGUACCUGCGGGUCAUGAAGUGCCGCCGCUUCGUGGAAAGCAGCUGUGCCUUUUAGUGGCCGGGCCUCCCUUUCACCCCCUCCCCUGAGCCUCCCCUCACCCUGGAAAGGGCCACUCCCUGUCCACUGUGCUUUCCUAAUAAAAUAAAGUUGCAUCACAGCAUCUGAGUAGGUCUCAUGCUGUUAUGCGGGGCGAGGGCCAGGCCGGGAAGACCACCGCGGGCAUCCCGUGGGAUCUGCUGGGAAGGGUAACUGACACGAUUCUUCCUGGGCUAGAAAGGAACGGACACACUCACUCCUGUCUGUCGCUCAUCAAGUCCCCUGCCCAGGCCCCGGGUCGCAGCUCUCUGGGCAGCCGUAGGUCAGGCGCACCCCCAUGAAGUCUCUGGAGGUGUUCCUUCCUCCCCCAUGGGCCCCACAACACCAAAUCUAGCCCCCAAGAGCGGGAAGAAGUGGAAAGCAAGACAAGCUAGUGAGUACAGAAGCCAAAUGCCCCAACAUGGGAGAAAACAAUCAGAGAGAUCAGAAUUACUUUUGUGCAGAAAGUACACAUUAGACGUGCCUGCUUUUGGAAAACAGGAACGAUGCAAAAGGCUUUGGGACAAACAGACCCAGAAUAUUGGGGAUCUGAACGGUCGCAAGGGAAGUGGAGGAAAGACACUAAAUCGGGGUUGCAAAUUCAGCACCAGCAGGUGCCAGGUAGAUAAUUAAGAAAGUAAGGAGGGCUGGGCGUGAAGGGAUAAGUCCUGACUGACACGCCGCUUCCUCAUCCGGGGUACAACCCAGAACAUGGGGGCCAGAGUAACCUGGAGAACUCAGGCCUUGGCGCCAUUCAGGACCACAGGGCAGGGCUUCCAAACCUCCUGAUUUUUAAGACACGCAGGACAUCCAGACUUUCACGUGAAAUCUGAUUUUUAAACAUUGGUGACUAAUUCACAUUGAAAACAUUUUAAAAAAUAUUGUACUUCUUUAUUUAUUUUAGAGAGAGAGAGAGAGCGAAAGUGGGGGAAGGAGCACAGAGAGAGACAGG